UCUCACAACAUUCAAUUCCAUUUAUUAUAGCAUCUCUCUCGAUUUGGUUCUUCUCUGCAAAACCAUGCUUUUUCAUACUCUCUUCCAAACCCCUCGUUACACUAACUCUUCCGUUUAGAAUCCAUCAAAACCUUUUAGAUUCAGUUUCUAAUUUUUAAUUUCGCACCUCAAAAAACCGUAAUUCCUAUUUCUCCGAUCCGUUUUUCCCCCUAGCUGAUUCUGCUUCAAGAUUCAGUUUUUCAUCUUCCUUGAUUCCCAAGUCAGUAGAAAGUUCUCGUUUUCGCACAUUUUGGUUUCGUGAAUUCGCUGUGCCUGGUGAUGAAGAUUGAGGAAUUGGAGGAUGGGGAGUGUGUUAUGGAUGAAAGAGGGUAUCACGAGAGGCAGAUCGUGAGGGUUGAUGCGAAGAGAGCGUUGGUUGGAGCGGGUGCAAGGAUCCUGUUUUACCCUACGCUUUUGUACAAUGUGCUUCGGAAUAAGAUUGAAGCUGAGUUCAGGUGGUGGGAUGAAGUUGAUGAGUUUGUGUUACUGGGCGCUGUUCCAUUCCCAAAAGAUGUUCCACACUUGAAGAAACUCGGAGUGGGUGGUGUAAUUACUCUAAAUGAGCCUUAUGAAACUUUGGUGCCUUCUAAGUUAUAUCAUACUUAUGGGAUUGAUCAUCUGGUAAUUCCUACAAGGGAUUAUCUCUUUGCCCCGUCUUUUGCAGAUAUAAGCAAGGCUGUUCAAUUCAUUCAUCAGAAUGCAAGUAGUGGAAGAACUACUUAUGUUCACUGUAAAGCUGGGCGAGGGAGGAGUACAACAAUUGUUCUUUGUUAUUUGGUUGAAUACAAGCACAUGACACCUGCUGCUGCAAUGGAAUAUGUGCGUUCUCGGAGGCCUAGAGUGCUAUUGGCACCGUCUCAAUGGAAGGCUGUGCAAAAGUAUAGCAAGCAUAGAGCUUCUUCUUUGCCCUACUCUCCCUCUGCAGAUGCAGUUCUUAUAACCAAAGACGAUCUUGAAGGCUACCAUAGCACAUGCCAUGCUGGUAUGGAACUGGCCAUUGUACCUAAAGUCACAAAAAAGACCAUGCCCAUGAUAGCAAGAUUGUCUUGCCUGUUUACAUCGUUGAAAGUUUCAGGUAGCAGUGUACCGACAUCCCGGCGGCUGCCAGUAUCCGAGGCACUUGCUUGCUAAAGCUAGCUUGAGAUGAACAUUGCAAGCUAGGGGAAUGAAACUUAGAUGAAGUUCUUUGUAUGCUUGUGGUGCUCAUCUCCAAUAAAAACCAAAGGAGUGAAUUGUUUUUUGUUUUUCUCUUAACCAUUUCAACCCCUACUUUAAUCUCUUGCUUUCAAAUAGAUUACUUUUUAUGUUUUAGUUAGAGGGCAGCACCACCAGCAACUGAAGCACUUAAUCUAAACUUUUUCCCUUCAAGCAGGGGCCUGUACAAAGAGGUAUGGUUCACAAUGACAUGAUCAUGGAAAUAAAUAAUUUCUGAUCAUUUCCAGUGUUAGAACAUGAAAGAAUGAUGUAUAGGAAGAAAGAAAAGGAGGGAAAUAUUUCUCCAAUGUUGUGUGUGAAGAUAUUAUAGGAACAUGUUUGUAGUCCUGUCUCCGUGUACAUAGAUUUCAAACACAGUUUACUUGUCCUUGAAGUAAAUACAUGUUUUGUUGAUAAAUAAAGUAUGUUUUGUUUGUUAA